CGUUUCACGCCCGCGCAGAAGAAGAAAAAGUCAUCUCGACGUUCUAAUCAGACAGAGCGGUCCACACAGCUGCUGGUGGAAGAUGCCGUCUCCCUCAAAAGCAGCAGGAGCUGCAGGGGCGGUCGCGAGUCCAGCCGCACAGUCACCUGCACCGCCUGCUGCCAAAACCGCACAGUCACCUGCACAGCCCACCAGUGUUGCAUCUCCGCCACCACCACCACCACCACAGCUUUACGACAGCGAUGUCGCGUCAGCAAUGUCCGGAGCCAACGGCCGAGAUGCAGCCGCGAAGGUGACCCAAGCGAAUGGUUCAAAUGCAGCUCCAGUCCUUAACAGUGCAAAGAACAAAAAGAAGAAAAAGAGCAGCGACGAAAGCAGCUCGGACAGUGACACUUCUAAGAACAAGUCCAAGAAGAAGAACAAGGCACGCAUUUCUACGCGUAUCAAUAUAAUGACGAGCGCCGACGGUCCCAAUGUCGGGUUGCAAAGCGGCCCACAAGCGUCCCAACCUCAGCUGCAGUCUGGAGAGGGAGCGCAAGAAACAGCGCCUGACGAGAACAUGCUUAAGGUAGUACCUGCUGCAAGCAGCAAGAGGAGCAUUGGUUCAGUCGGUAGCCGUCGAAUGCUAUUAUCCCAUGACCUCAUGGACAUGGAAGGGCAAGAUGUACUCUUGGUUCCCCUAACGGAUGAAGUGGAGCAGAUGCUGAACAGCCCGCAAUUCGAACCUCAAAUCGAACGUCUGAUACGUCAACUGACGGGCAUACCUUCAGAGCCGAACAUUGUGACGCCUGCGAGGCAGUCUAUGGGUCAGCUCCCUGGGCAGCAGGUGGUGCAGCAACCUAUGGCGCAGCUUCCGGUUGUGCACCAAAUGACACAACCAAUGCAGCCCAUGCCAAUGCAAAUGGCGCAGCCCAUGGCGCAGCAAAUGGCGCAGCCCAUGGCGCAGCAAAUUAUGCAACAGUCAGUUCAGCCUAUGAUGGGGCAGAACAUGCAACCAACACAUCAGCCUGUUCAAAUGAUUGGCCAGAUUGGACAGCCAUUAGCUCAGCAGGUGGUGCAACCUAUGGGGCAACAAAUGAGUCAACCAGUUGCGAUGGGGCAGCCAUUGGGACAGCAUAUGAUUGGUCAGCCGAUGACCCAACAAGCAUCGCAGUCCUUGGCACAACUGGGACAACCGAUGGUUCCGCAAAUGGCCCAGCCAUCGGUACAGCAGGUGGGGCAGAUGAUGGGCCAACCAACAGCCCAACAAACGGGAUAUCCAGGCCAACCGAUGGCCCAGCAACUCGUAGGGCAGCCACCAAUUCAUCAACUGAUGACUCAACAGCCAAUGGGACAAGGAGUGGCUCCUAUACACAUAUCGCCCAUUGCGCAACAAACGGGACAACCAGUGGGGCAAACAAUGCCACAACAGUUGGGACAGCAGAUGUGUCAUCCGACAGGUCAAAUGACACAGUCAAUGGGGCUGCAGAUGGCACAGCCGUUUCAACCGCGAGUGUCUGUAACGGGGCAACAGCCUCCACAGCAGAUGGGGCAACAGCAAGUGCAGCCAGCUGGAUCGCCAGCUCAACAAAACCUGCAUGCAGGGCAGAAUAUUGUUUCACCCCAAGGGCAGCAGGCCACAAUGCUUAGCGGACAACCAACUACACAACCUAUGAGCCAGCCUAUGAGCCAGCCUAUGGCGCAGCAAGUGCCACAUCCAAUGGCUCAAGAAGCACAACGAAGAGAGAGUAACCGAAUGAGCCUUCAAACUCAACAACCAAUUAACCCACAGACUGGGCAGCCUGGCGGACAGCAACGUAUGAGUCAGCAAAUGAACCAGCAGACGCCACAACAGCAACUAAUUCAACCAAUUCAGCAACCAAUUAAUCCACAGACUGGGCAGCCUGGCGGACAAGUGCAGCAACGGAUGAGUCAACAAAUGAACCAGCAGGCGCCACAACAACUAAAUCAAGACACUGCGCAGAUGAUGAUGCCACCGGCUGCACAGCCUCUUCAGAGACCACCAGGGAUUCCGCAAAUGGGACCUGGGUCCGCACCUAGUCAACCGGUCAUCGCGCAGAUGUCUCAGACGAUGUGCCACCCAAUGAUGUCACCGCUGAGACAGCUACAAGGUCAACCAAUGAACCAGCAACAGAUGGGAGUGCCUGUGGGCCAACCAAUGGUCAACCCACAGCAAAUGUGGCAGGCCGCGGCCCAGCCUGGAGAUCUCCAGCUACAACAGCCCGUUAUGCUUGGUCAGCCGAUGGGUCAACCACCGUGCCCAUAUUUGGGGCAAAUGGGCCAGCCCAUUCAACAACCUGGACAACCAAUGCCUAUGGUUCCUGACCCCUUUAUGAAUCAGAUGCCUCCGUCCAUGAGUCAACAAUUGGCGCUUGGUUUAGGAAGACCACCUCCGUACGGAGCAACAAUACCAACGCUUGAAGAGGAAUUCCGGCAAGAUUUUCCGUUCAAGUUCGAUGAAGAAAAAAAGAAGAGAAAGGACAAGAAGAAGAAGAAGAAAAAGGAAAAGGAAAUGAAGAGAAAGCGGGAGGCAGAAGAAGCAAGGCGGGAGCUUAUCCAACUGAUCCAACAGCAGCAGCCGAAGAUAGUUCCGGAAGCUUACGUUCGAGAAGAUGUUGUCAAAAUAGAAGUUGUUGAGAAAGGUAUGGGUUCACGGAUGUCUCGACCAGCUUUGGACGUGCAAUUGGAGGACAAGGAGAGUGGAACGCGUCAGAAGCUUGUCUGGCCUACAUCAAAGGAUGAACCCGCACGCGAAGUAGCUGAUGAAACGGCCAAAGCGCUGCCGACAGAGGACGCCUUUCAACGAAGGCGUAGCAAGCCGUCCCGUGAAGCUGUUGGUCAGCCGGGCGCAGGCAAAGAACCUGUAUCAGAAGACAUUGGAGUCGAAGGGAUUGUAAUUAUCCAAGCCACUGGUAGUCGCACAGGGGUAGGAAUGGUAGGUGGACCAGGUGGACCUCCGCAACCUGGCGCGCCCUUCCAACCAGGGGUGCCUGGGCAGUUCGGUGUGCCACCAGGGCAAGCUGCUCCUGGCGCGCAGCAACAAGGACCUGACAACCAGUCAGACGGGAAAGGAGAAGACGAGAAUUCCCCUCUCCCUAUGAUGCUUCUGGCGGUCGUCAUCGUAGUCGCAUUAGUGCUUUUCAUCGUGUUCGUUGCGGUUCCAGCAAUGAGUGCAGCGGAAACAAGUACCAGUAACGGCAGCAGUACCAGCAGCAGUAGCAGCUCAACGAACACAAGUCAAGCGGGCUGAACGUCUGUCAGCUUCAGUCAUUCUGCCAUCAUGGAUGUACAUUAUUUUGGGCCAAUUUCGUUACUGGAUUAAAGUGAAUUUCCAUGCAACAAAA